ACAUACCAGGUCACAAUAACAAAGCUCAAUUAUACUGCAUUAUAAAUCUCCUAUCUUUAAAACUCGUCGGAAUGAUAAGAACGCUAAUAUAUAUAUAUAUAUACAAUAAUGUAUUUCUAGGGUCAAUGUAGCAUCAUGUGAAUGUCUUUUAGUAUGCUCGCUUAUUUUCAUUAGAGAUGAGGUGGUUUUUUUUGUUAGGAUGUCUUUUUAUAUGUGAAUGGAUGACAUCUGGUCAAUUUUUAGAGCCGGAUUGUGGUAAUAUUUCACAGGAGGCACUCAGAAACGAAGGCCAUCAAGCUCAUAUAUCGGAGAGUCCUUGGAUUGCUUUUUUGCAUGACUCUGGCAAAUUUCUGUGUGGCGGAUCGCUUAUUAACCAUCGAUUUGUCCUGACUGCUGCACAUUGCAUAAUCGAUGGAGGGAAUUUAAAAGUGCGAUUGGGCGAGUACGACAGCUCAACCAACCACGACUGCAGUGGUAUAGUUUGCAUUCCUCCCUCAGAAGAGUUUGAGAUAGUCCGGGCUUUUCGGAAUGAUAACUAUUCGAGAACGGAUCGCUACAACGACAUCGGGUUGCUUCAUUUGGAAAAGUCGGUGGUGUACAAAGUUCACAUCAAGCCAAUUUGCCUGAUUACAAACACUGCUUUUCAGCCGCAGAUUGAGGGACUGCAACAUUUUGUGGCCGUCGGAUGGGGCGGCAGUUCUCCCGGAUCUCCGAGCCACAUCCUCAAGUCGAUUCGAGCGAAUCGUCUGAAUCGAAGCGAAUGCCGGAAGAGGUACCUGGUGGACUGUCGCAUGGAUCAGAUCUGCGUGGCUCACGAAUCCGGGGAGUCGUGCAGUGGGGACUCCGGAGGACCCAUGGGUCAUGCGAUUCGGUAUCACGGUCGAAUAGUAUUCAUUCAGGUCGGAAUUGUUAGCUAUGGCAACCCAGAGUGCCGCAGCCCCAGCGUUUUCACUGAUGUGAUGGCACAUAUGAAUUGGAUAAAGAAUGUACUUGACUUGCACAGUUAGAUAAUAUAUUAAAAUGAUAUUUGUAAACUA